GAUCAUAAUAUUAAUGCUGCGCAUCAGUCCAUGUCGGUGUGGACGAAUACGGCAGAGCAGCAGAAGGAAGUUGUCCCCUCCGGCCCUCCGAUCAUGUGAGUCUGGAGCAACCCAAUCUCGUCCCUCGUAAACCCAAAAGGAGCGAUCUUUCCAAUUACCGCCCCGUCAUCUCUGCAUUUCUCUUAUCGUUGUUACCAGAAGUCUCAUACAUUUAAAGCGCGACCAUACUAUAUUCCAUAGAGACCAGAUCUGGCCGCCAUGGCUCCGUUCCGUAAUUUCUUGGGCAAAAAGCCCACAGCCGUGGCUGAUAUCCAACCUACUGUUAACGACGAGAACCAACGCUCAAGUCCCUUGAAUGUGAGGCGGAGUCAGGAUGAGGGGCCUAAUGAGUACAAGAUGAGUGUGGUCAACGACAGCGGCAUCUAUCUUCCUCCGUCGCCCCCAGAGAAGCAGAGUUUCUGGAGCAAAUACCCCGGCUCGGCUGGGUCGUCGAACCACCGAAGUCUGGUGAAUGAGAAUGAGCCUUUCUCUAUUUCACGAGAGUCCUUCGACUCAUACCGUCGAUCGUUUGACAUUUCUGCGCGCUCGCCUGUCAGCCAAGUCGAUACACUACCUUCUCGUACAUCUCUCGAUUCCCGGUUUUCGCGCAUUACUUCGCGGUCGGCAAUCAAUGGAAGCACGUUCGAUCGACCUCAAUCGAUGGAGGAGGAACGAUUCGAAGACGUCGUCCUGGGUGACGAUGUCAAACCAAGAAAGAAGGGUAUCUUCUCUCGCAUCGGUGAAACCUUGAGCGAGACGCCCUCUACCACCAAUAACAGCAGACCGUCCUCCUCCUAUCUUGGAUUCCUACCUGGUAGGAAACGGACUCAUAGCGGUCAGGGGUCCGAACUAGGGAGCGUGAAUGCGCAAGCUCAGAGAACGGAAGUGGAGAGUACUGUAUGAUGAUCCAUGGAAGGAAUACGGAAUUGACUCAUUGCACGGGAAUGGCGGCGUUCCGGGUUGGUCUAUUUA